AUGAAAAAAUCAGAACUCAAGCAGUGCUCUAAAUAAGCAAGAUUUCAUAAACUAUUAGAUAUUGAAAGUGUUAAGGACUAAAUGCUUGUUUGUUAUUAAUAAGAUUUCCAAUCAUUAAAACAGUUCUAUUCUAAUUUUGAUCCUGAUUUUGUUGAAUACUUAAAAGAUCUAUACUCAACAAGCUUUGAUGAAAUUUAUAAUAUUUAGGAGAUUUUAAAAAUAGUAUAGAGUAGAUUAAAACAUGGAGAGAAAACAUUAAAACAAAGCAUUAGAAAAAAUUUAAUUUAAUUAUUGUAAUUGGAAUAGCCAGUUCCAGCAUUAGUAUUCUUUUUAAAAAUCACACCAAUUUCAUUUGAAAUUCAUUACAAAGAGGAACUUUUAUUAAUUCUUGAUACUAUGCUUUAAAAAUUUAAUUUUGAUUUAAGAUCUGAAAUAUAUAAAAGUCUUUAUGAUGCAUUAAUAGAAACAACAGAUGAAGAAAUAAUAUUAUUAAGUAUAAAACUAUUAAAUUCAAAAUUUGAUUUUACAAAUUAAUUUAAUUAAAAAUAAUUUGAAAUACUAGAUUAAAUAAAUGGUCAAAUUGUUUAAAUUAAUUUAUAAGAUUCUAAAGAUAUCAUAAUUUAAUUGGUAAAACAUUUUAAAGAAUUUCAUGAAAAAUUAAAAAAUAAAAGACAAAGUUUAGAUUAAGUAAAAUCUGAGAAAUUCCCUUAAUUUGUAUUAAAAGUUGUAUUAAUGCUAUUAAAAGAGUAAGAAAUAGUGAUUCCAGAAUUACUUACAUUUUUAUUUUUCAAAGAGACUCCAGAUAAGAAAAAGUGUAUAGCUAUAAAAUCAUAAGUAAAAGAAAUUUAAAAGAUGUUUGAAAUACCAAGAAUGAAAUAAUGUUUAAAUUUAUUAAAGAUAGAUGAUAGUAUAUUUUCAAAAGGUGCAAUUGGUUAUGAAUAAGUUUACUCUAUCUGUUAAAAAGAUUAUCCAAUAUUUCUAAGUUUAAAACUUAAUGGAGCACUUAUUUAAUAUAUAGAAUUCCUCCAUUCAAUGACACAUAUCAAUACUGAUUAAUUCAUUUAAGUUUUUCAUAAUACUGCAUUUGAAGACUUUUUGACAUCAAUAUGGAAUAUAUGUGGAAAAGAAAUCUAAUAAUUGUUAUAAAAUAUACUUAUAGAAGAUUUAGAAUAUGCUAAAUAUGGUUCCAAUAUUUUAAGAAUUGGUACAUUUUUAUAUAGAAUCAAAUUUAAAUUAGAAAAAAAGAUUAUUAAUAAUAUUGAAAAAGGUGGGGAUUUAGAAGAAUAAUCUAUUGAAAGAAGAGCAGAUAGUAUGAAUCCUCUAUUUAAAACAUUUAUCACAUAUUUAGUAUCAAAAUAAAUACCAUUUCCAUUAAUUCUUAAAACUUUAAAGAUGGAUUAUUAUAAUCUUAAAAUAGGAUACAGAAUAACUGAUAUGAGAGAACUUGUAGUUGAUCCAAAAUUUAAAAACUAUAUGAAAUAAUAUCAUGGAGUUAUUUGUAAUAAACAAGAUCCUGAUGAAAAUUUAGAUCAUAUUAUUACAAGAUAAUAUCCUAUUAAAGCUAAUAAUAAUGGAAAAAAAUAUGAAUUAAAUUGGCCUAGGUUAAUUAAAAAGUAAGUUAAAUUAAUUUUUGAAAACAGAGAAUUAUUGCAAUAAUAAUUAAUAGAUAUUCAUUAAAACUAAAAUUUCAUCAAAGUUUAUAAUGAAUUAAUUAAAAUUAAUGACAAUAAUAAAAAGAAAAUGUAGACAAAAGAAAUCUUGAUAGAAUUAGUUGAAUAUAUCAAAUCAAUUGAAAAUUAUCAGUGA